GAGCGGCUGGUCUGCCGCGAGGAGCUGAGUGUGCAGGUUGGAAAUCAUCUUCUUAUUCAGCAUCCAAAUGAGAGGCUUCCUCUGUUACAACUCCAGCACACACCCUUAUAAAGCACACUCCUUUAUCAUUGAAUGAGUCGUAAAUGUAGCCUGCCUAUUGCCAGACCAAGCUCAAUCGUAGAUUGCACUUUGGUUUGGGGAAGCUGCUGUCAUUGUCUUCAGCACAAGAGGCUUGAUCAACUUGUUCAACUGACUCUGUACGCAAAUGGCUGCUUGCCGUCGCUUCCCUGUCGUCAUUGUGUUAAACCAGCCAAUAGGGCGCCAGGGGGAGAAGCCAACUUGGUGAUUGGCUCCUCCAAAAACGUAUCGGAAGCAGAAGGAAAUGAAUUGCUCUUCUCCAGACCCUUCUACAGGGCGAAUUCAAAUCGCCGGCAGAACAGGCUGUCUAUCGUAGGUGGGGAUUAACAUCUAUUCUGUGCAAAUGAAAGAAUAUGUCUUGUAUGUGUUUCCUUCUUUACGUGGAAAGCAGCAGACCCCAGACACCAUUUCAAUCAAGGUCGAAGAGGAUAUUGGUGGAGGCAUGCCCGCUGUAGAAGACGGCAAUGACAUCAGAGACCGUAGCACGCAGCGCGGCGUCACCUCAGAGAGUCCGGGUGUGGAUGCCCCUGGCUCCUCCCACAUGGCCAGUCACAACGGGGAGCUGCGGAUCCUGAGCGUCUACGGAAAAGGCGAGGGCCCACUGGCGGUGGACGGCCAUGACACCCUCUUCAUCACGUCAGAAGUGGAGGCCUUGAGCUCGCUGUCGGCGGACUGCAGCGUGGCCAAGAGCCUGAACUGCAGCGUGCGGCUCGUCCGCCUUGAGGAGCUGACUGGGCAUCGGGGUGGCCGCAAGGGCCGGCCCGGUGUCUUGGGUGGAAAGGUUAUUCCCAACAAUGCCAAUAUGAUCGUCCACAUGAGGACACAACCCGACGAGAGGCCGUACGGGUGCAACCAAUGCACGAAGCGCUACAGUCAUAGGUCCUCCCUGAGUUUCCACAUGAGUUCUCACUCCGGGGUGAAGCCCUACAAGUGUGACCAAUGCAUGAAGCCCUUCAGUCGGAAACAACACCUGAAGAUCCACCUGAGAACGCACUCCGGGGAGAAGCCCUACAAGUGUGACCAAUGUACAAAGCUCUUCAUUCGGAAAGACAAGCUGAAGAGCCACAUGACGACUCACACCGGAGAGAAGCCCUACAAGUGUGACCAAUGCAAAAAGCUCUUCAGUAAGAAAGAGAACCUGAAGAGCCACAUGAGAACGCACUCCGGGGAGAAGCCCUACAAGUGUGACCAAUGCGCAAAGCGCUUCAGAAAGAACACAAACCUGAAGAGACACAUGAAGACUCACACCGGCGAGAAACCCUACAGGUGUGACCAAUGCACGAAGCACUUCGGUCAAAGUGACCACCUGAAGAGCCACAUGAAGACUCACACCGACGAGAAGCCCUUAAGGUGCGAUUAAUGCACGAUGCGCUCCUCUAUCCUCCAUUUUGAAAAAUGUGCUGCCUUUUGCUUCCUUUUUUCAUGAUUAAAACGCUUUCAAACUUA